AUGGCGUCGAUAAAUCUGAACCCAAACCCGUUAUUAAAACCUUCAUCUUUCUCCGUCGGCCGGAAGAAGAACCCGUCAUUCAAUUUCAAACCUUCAUCUUUCCCCAUCAGUUUGAACAAGAAUAAUAAGAGUAAGUUAAAUUUGUGCAAAACUUUCUCUAUCACUGAUGACAAAUGGUUGCAUACAAGUUUGUUUCAAUCGAAGAGGAGGAGCAAGUUUAUUAUUGCGGAGCAGCACCCAAGUAAAGAAAAAUACAGAGACUUCAGUUACGUGGUAGUUUCAAUCGACAAAGAGGAUUUGGAGCCCAGAUUAUUAAAUAAGAUCGAUAGUCCUGAUCGUGUCUAUCUUCCACAUGAGUCUUGCAAUGGUUUGAUUUUACUUUUGUAUGAUGGCAUUUGGAGUAGUGAUCCAGAAAUUGCCAAAGAGGCUCUUUGGAAUCCCACAACUAAUGAACUCAAAAUCCUUCCUACAUCUCCCGCAUCCUUGGACCCUAGGUAUGAAACGAGUAACCACAACUAUUUUGGUUUCGGGUAUGAUUCCACGACUGAUGACUACAAGGUGAUAAGAUUUCUGAUGAAAAGAUCCAAUUUGAGGUGCUCCCUUGCCGUGGCCGAAUUAUAUUCUCUCAAGACUAACUCAUGGAAACGAGUCAACUUUCGUCCUUACACCUUCCAUCCGUGCGGUGAUCCAUUCAUGAAAAUUAACGCAAAUGGCACUUAUUACUGGUUAAAUAACGUAAACCACAAUGUAGACCGCAAUUUUAUCCAGUCUUUUAACUUUGUUACCGAGAAGUUUGAGUCCUAUCGUGUUCCUAUGCCCCCGAGAGAGAAGUUGGAAAAAUUUUGUCAUAAGAGGCUGGUCGAAUAUUGUGGCUCGCUUGGUCUUUUGGCUUCAACUUGCGUGUUGGUAGACGACGUGAAGCAUUAUGGUUUACAACUUUGGGUGUGGGACGACGUGAGUUUGUCGUGGAGCCUAGAGUCCACGUUUAUCGUCGAUAAGAUGCGUUCUUUUAUGGGCCUCUUUGAGAAUGAUAAGUUGUUUUAUCGACAGCCGGGGGGUGAUUUGACAGUCCAAGAUUGUGCAAUGGAUACGGUGAUGAACAUAUCGAAUGUCUGUACUCAUAAGGUGAACAUAGUAUUCCCUUUUGUUGAGAAUUAUGUUUCGUUGAGCUCGCAUGGAAAAUGA